AUGAAGACCAGCGUGGAUCCAGAGCAGCGCAGUUCCGCUGGCAACCCGUCGACGAAGAGUCUCAAGGGUUCCACAGAAUCGGCACCGGACUUAGCGAACAAGCGUUCGACGGCUGGCCAAGAAACCGCGAAAGGCCGCGCUCACCGCAAAUCCUCUGCAUCCACGUCAACCGCGAAGCAUUCAUCAUCUCUGUCCCAGAAGCAGGUGGCUGGAGGACGUCAGUCGACAGAGAAGAAAGACGGCGCAGCUCCUGAGAAGGACACAAAGGAAGCCGGCUUUGACGUCGUCGAGGAAGAACCGGCCGUGGACCCCCGCGAGCCCUUGCCUAACAGGGCCGUCAUCGACCGGCGAGUGUCCAUGGGUGAGGUGUUACCCACCGAGCCACCGGCACAAUUUCUAAGCCAGGCGCACGACGGCGACAUCCUGGCCGCCAUCAUGGAGGCAUGUCAUGGCAUGGAGGUCGGCGCCGUGGAGCCGCAAACCGAUCCUCGGGAACCGCUGAGCCGGCGUGCCUCCAUAGACAGGCGCGUGUCGCUGGGACACGUAAUUCUUACCAUGCCCGCAGAGAGCUCUCCUGUGCGUAGUGCUUCGGUCACCGGUGACUAUGGCGAAAGUUCACUUGACGCCCCAAAGGGUGCUCCUCCAGAGGCCGCCACGGACAGCGCGCACGAGCCGCGGCCGGAUCCCCGCGAACCAUUGCCGAGGCGAGCAUCCAUAGACAAGAGCAUAUCCUUGGGCAAGGUGGUCAGCAUGGCGCCACCGCCCCGUUCUCCCAUUUCAAGCAGAACGAGUUCAGGGAAGCCCAGCCCGGGUUGGUCGGAGGAAGAGCGACGGCGUAAUCGGCAAGCAAUGACCCGCCUGGCAGCGUUAUCCGGUCUCGCCGUUUUCUUCAUGGCGCUGGCCAUCCUGUCCCUCAUAGUCGUCCGCAGCGCGUACUUUCGCGCCAGCCAGCGUUUCGAGGUAUGCGACACGGACGAGUGCGUUCAACACUCCAAGGACAUCCUCGCAACGCUAAACAAGUCUGCGAACCCCUGUGGCAGUCUGUACGCCUACGUCUGCGGAUACGACGCUCGCCCAGAGGGGACUCCUUAUGCCGGCCCACUGGUGCACGCUUACGUCCGCGAAGUGAUGACCACGCUCGGUGAUGCCGAGACUUUCCUGGCGGCGAAGCAAAGGUACGCUGCCGCGACCAAGGCUUUCGCUGCUGUGGUCAAUUGCAUCGAAUCAAACCGACACACUGCCGCGGACGACUUCGCGGCAUUCAUGCACGACCGAGGAGUCCCGUGGCCGCUUCGCGACGCAUCUUCGAGAAACACGACUCUUUUCGGCGUGUUUGACGUCGUCCUAGACUUGGUCGUGAACUGGAGGGUGGCCCUCUGGUUUGACGUCGUCGUGUCUCAAACAGCUUCGCACGACGCCAACCCUGCGGUCAUCAUCAGGGAACCCGGAGACCUGGUCGCCCUGCGCUCGGAGCAGUUGACACUGUUUGACGACGUGACGUACAACACCGCUCUCCGGAAGAUGUCUCUCUACCUCACCGGCGGCAAGGUCUCCUUGGAUGAUGCGGCUGUAAAACAGCUCCGGCAGGACGAAGCAGCUUUCAGCCAAAUCGUGCUUGCCUCGGUCGAAGACGACGACGGCGGUGACGGCUUCGAUGUCCUGCUGUCUCUCGGUAACAUCACGCAGGUGUUCGGGGCCGUCUUGUCGGUGACCGAGUGGUCGAGCCUUUUGAACAAGCACCUGAGCACCGCCAUUCGAAACGUCUCAAACAAUACGAGUAUGCUUUUUCUGAAUAAGGGGCGGUUAGGCCGACUCGGUCGCCUGGUCGAGUCCCUUCCGGCUACAAGAGUGAUGGACGUCAUUGGAUGGACGUUCUCAUACGCGUACGCCUGGAUGGUUAACGCCCACUUCGACUUCCCGGCGCAGGCGACCACCGCUGGUCGGCUCGAAAUAAACGCGCUGUGCUUCGUCGCCGAGCAAGAAUCGUUCGGCAUCGUGCAAGCAGCGCCCAUUUUCAGAGACGCAUUCGAUGUCAACGAAAGAGAGAAGGUAACUGCGGCGCUUCAAAAGACCUCCGAGGCGCUCAUUAAACAGGUGCUGGCUUCGCCUGCGAUAUCUAAUUAUUCGAAGCGGGAGGCCGUGGCCAAGCUAGACGCGCUCGUGUGGAAUUACUGGCUCUGGCCACUGGAUCCUUAUCUGCAGGUUCAUUCGGCGUUGAAUACGCUAUACGCCAACUUUUCGGAUAAGCCCGGAAGUGUCUUCGAAUCCUGGAUACGGUCGAGGAAGUCUCUGAGGGCGGCGCUAGCGACUCCGCACUACGAACGACUGAUGACGUCAAGGUAUCGCUGGCAAUCGGGAGGCGUGCGGUACAUUUACUCCUUGAACGAGCUUCGCUUCACACUGUCCGCACUGUUCCCGCCGUCGUACGUUCGGCGAGGGUCGAGUGCUAUGACCUUCGCGGGACUCGGGUUCAAGGUGGCCCGGCAAAUGGCGCGCUCCCUGGACAUGCACGGCCGCACCUUGGACAGCACGGGCAGCACAAUUCCGUGGUGGCAGCCGGCGAACUCUAAGCAGCAACAGUGCCGGUUCGACGUGGCCGAGUCGGACAUGGAACGAAGUUUGCUCAUCGAUCAGUUUGCCAUUGAGGUGGCCCUAGAAGCCAUGCAGGCGAGCUCGGCGCUGAGGCCGAGCAAAUCUCCGAAGCGACUGAAGUUCCUGGAGUGGCUCUCUGACGAACAGACUUUCUACGUGAGCUACUGCAGCCACUACUGCAGCGAGCCACGCGGUCAGCCCGCGUGUAAUCUUGCCAUGAACUCUUCUCAGUUCGACGAUGUGUUUGGGUGCAGCCGGAGUCGAAGCAAUUCACCGGCUUGUGUUUUCCUCUAA